AUGGGAUCCAAAAAAUACGACAUCACAGUGUUGGGUAGAGAUUGCAUCGACCUGGUUAUGCUCGAAAACGGAAAAAAAGGCAACCUUCAAGGCCUUGAGGCAGGCUCGAGGCUUUUGUGCAAAUUCCUAAAAGAUAAGGGCCGAAACUGCCAGAUCAUGGUCACCAGCGACACCCCAACGAUUGAGUUUUUGGCUAUUGAUAGCAACGCGGUCCACAGUCAACACUCUAUUGAUACAAUCAAUGCUCCACCCACUAUUAAUAUCGAUAUUUCGCCAAUCAAAUCGGAAGACGAAGUUCCGGCAAACGCUAAAGUAUCGAACUCGGUGCUAGUUAUUGACGACCCCGGAGGAGACUUGCUAUCUGGAAAGCCAGAAGCGACGCUGCCAUGCCUGGGAGAAUUCACUCCCCCCGUUAUCUUCUACCAAACAAAGUCCCUAAAAAACGUAUUCGAGGAAGAAAGUGCAAAGCCUACUCUCAUCAAGAGCAUCGACAAUGAUUAUUUGCAAAAAUUCGUCGUUAUUAUCGACGUUGACGUCCUACGGGAUAUUGGGACACCAAUCAACAGACAUUUAUCCUGGGAGAAAGCGGCUGCUGAUACAGUGAAGAAAUUCAAGCCGAAUGAAAUAAUCCACACUCAGAAGUCGGCGAAAAUUGUGUGGGUCAUUCGUUUCGGCUGUGUGGGUGCGAUUGUCUUGCAGACGAAUUCAGAUCAAUCAAAAAAUCAGUCAGAAAAUCAUCUCUACUUCAACACAAAGAACGGAGAACGCGAUUUGGGUCGGAUGCACUAUGCCCCUUCGGCAGCACUCGAAGCAGCAUUCUUGAGUGGAUUGGUAUCCAAAGCCAUGAUUCAAGUCGACAAGGAUCUGCCUCCGGAAUGGAAGCCUGCGAUCGAAGAAGGGUUUCGUACUGCUCGUUAUCUUGCUUGUCAAAACGGUCCCGUUCCAACCGAAAAUGGCUCCCUUCGAUACCCGCUUUUAAAGGGUGGGAAGGAGAUUAAACUUCAGGAUGCCACCAUCCCUAACACCCAGCUCGAUAAUUGGUCCAUUUUGACCUGGACCGUUGAAACGGAUGGGACAGCUGAACAGAAAAAUGAAGCAGACAUGUUCGCUGUGGGUACAAAGAUUGUCAAAGAAGGAAUUGAAACGGCACUAUCAACUGUCCCGAUAGCCAAGUUCGGCAAUCUAAUCACAGUCGAUAGAAGGGAGAUUGAAGAAUUUCAGAAAGUCUCAUACGGAAUGGAAGAAUAUCUCAAAGCUAAGCAGGACAAACCACUUUCCAUUGGUGUCUUUGGUGCACCAGGGUCUGGAAAGUCCUUUGUGAUUGAGCAGAUCAUCAAAGGAAUCACUCAAGGGAUGACCGAAAACGAAUCCGGCCGAUUUCCAGUCUUAAACUACAAUCUUUCACAGUUCCUAGACUACUCUAAUCUCCUGGUUGCCCUCCAGACCGUACGGGAUAAGACUGUAUCGGGUCAGAUUCCUAUUGUUUGUUUCGAUGAGUUUGACACGAUUUUGAAUGGAGAACUUGGAUGGGUCAAGUUCUUUCUGGCCCCUAUGCAAGACGGUAAAUUCUUCGACCAUGGCUAUAAGCGACCAAUUGGCCAAGCCAUUUUCAUUUUUAUCGGGGGUACUGCGCCCACGUUCGAGGAAUUUCAGAAUGACAAAAUUCAACUUAUUUCGGCCGCAACAACCAUUCCUAAAAGUCCAUUGCCUGGAGCUUCAACUCCGCUUCCUAUCAGCCUUGGUGGCCUCCCGCAAGACCCUUAUUCGCGGAGAAACAGUAUCCUGGAGGUGGAAGACGCUAAGGCUGCAAAGGCUGCUAGAGCUGUCAAAAAGCCGGAUUUUGUGAGCAGGUUGCAGCUGCAUCUUGAUAUCCAGGGAUACGACAAGCCUCCCGAGAAUCAAGAUAAGCCUUUCCAGGAUCACCACACAUAUAUGAUUCGAAGAGCGAUUUUCCUCCGUUCGAAGCUGGAAGAAAGGGCUUCAAAGCUGAAAGAAAGUGUUCCUGUUGUUGAUAAGUCUGUGCUCAAUGGUCUUCUCAAGAUUGAGAAGUAUAAGCAUGGAGCUCGUUCGAUCGAUAAUAUCAUCAACCGAAGCACAAUCACAGAAGGUCAGCUUAAUCGCAGCGCACUUCCUCCUGAUGAGGAGUUGGAUUUACAUUUGGAUAUGACGGAAUACAAAGGUCUAGUUGACGGAGAAACCAAGUCUCUAAUUGACGGAGUAACCAAGUCUCUAGUUGACGGAGAAACCAAGUCUAAUAAUAUAUUGUUGCCUGAGAUCGCCGUAAGAAUUCAGAGGAAGCCGGAAAUGUGA